CUCCAGAUCAGAAGGCUGCGUGUUCGAAUCACGUCGGGGUCACGGGUCCCCGGGAGGGGAUUUAUUUUACCCCUUCGAUGAGGUUGUAAGCAAGCGGAGUCGAAGACUCUACCAUUAGGAGAUAUGGAGAAGGUUACUGUUGAUGUGCACAUAGAAAACAAGGGAAAAGAUUCUGCAGAACAAGGCUUUGUGGAACAAGACUCCAAAGAUGAAAUUGAUGUUACAGCUCUGAGUGACACUGAGCUAUGGGAGCUUCUCUGUGCAUAUGGAAUCACCCCUGGACCAAUAUUACCUUCUACAAGGACCAUUUAUGAGAACAAGCUCCUGCAGUUGAUGAAGCAGUGCCCAGGAACAGCAGCUGAGUUGAACAGUGAGGUUAAUUCUGAAAAUGAUGGAGAAGGAAAAACCACAGAAGUAGUCAUCCAAACAAAUGGCCUCAAAGUGACAACUGAACAUACCUCUGGGUCUGAAAACAAAUCACCUGCAGAUGUGGCAGAACGUCAGAAAAAACUCUUGUCAUCUGAUGUUGAACAUAGUUUAGCUAAAAUAGUGGCAGAACUGCAGGAAAUAUUGCCAGAGGGUAAAGUGGCACUGCAUCGGUCACAAGGACCAAGGAAGAAACCUUGCAGUCCUGAAAGGAAUUACAGACAAAAGACAAGUGAUCUACCACAGCAAGACUAUGGCUAUCCUGAUGUUAAUGUUACUGUAGGACAAAGUGCUAGAAGAAGAAAAGCAGUAAAGGAGAAUCCUCCCUCUGUGAAACAAGAUCCUGAAACCAAAUGCCAUGUAGUACCGGGGAGAUCAAGAGAAGGACGUAUACCAAUACGUGUAAAGAUUGCUGCUUUUGCCAUCUUCAUGUUCCUUCUCUUUGUGUAUGUAACUAUGGAAACUAAUUUUCAUAAUCCAUUCACAAGCUUUACCAAGGGCAAAUGAGUGUAUCCUGGAAUGGAGGAAUGGAGUUGUUAGACCAGAGAGGGUGGUUCUGUCUAGUUGCUUAUGAAUUAAGUGAUUUGGGGGUAGCUGAUUAAAACACAAAAAGAAUUA